UUACGAAAAUAUUCUAAAAAAGGGAAAAAAUGUACAAAUACUGAAUUUGUUAUGAGCGAGGAAGAAAAUCAUAACGAUUGCAAUAAAGCCAAUCUAGAGUGCGGUGCUUAAAUGAGCUCAAAAGAUGUCAAAUGAAAAAUUACAAUCAAAGCUGAAGAACCGUACAAAAACGUUCAAGAAAAAAAAAUCAGUGAACGUGAGUGCUGCAGCAACGAUUCCGUCUCUCGCCCAUCGUUAAAAUUGAUAGAGAAAAUCAUAUUCGCACUACCGAAGCUCAAACCGCCCCUAACGCUACCGCUAGACAGUUUCAUUCUAUUGCCAGAAUCACGCCGUCGCCCACAAAAUAAAUAAAACUCUACCACGGUGCAGCCAACAGAUUUUGUACCAUCGAAUCGUAAGCGCAAGAAAUACAAUUAGCAAACGUUUGUCGCCCGUAGCAAAACUUAAUGAAAAAAAAAAAAAGCUCAGUACUCCAGAAGUAUAUCGCAGUAAAGCAGUAGCCUGCCGGUGUCAUUCUUCCCCUUCAAAAUACAGAAAACUAAGAUAAGCAAUAAUCGAAAUGUACUCCCGAAGUAAUUCUGCCGAUUGCCGAUGUCAUUCUACUAUCAGUAACCAAAAAGAAAAGUAAGUGGCUCUACAUAACUCCAUAUUCAUUAAGGAAGUUAAUAAACCAAUACAAUCAUUGCUUAGGAAAACCCUAUCAAACAUCUCGCCGUCGUUAACACACUAAAGCAAACCCUAAAACGCUGAUGCCAUUCGAUUUUGUACUUUCAAAACGUAAGUGAUCAGUAUUUAGAUGCAAUAAACACAGCCAAUUAAACAAAAUUAAGUUUCCCCAUAGUUUAUCGCCUGAAGAAAAACUUACUUCAAAAAAAAAAUCGCUCAGUACUCCCGAAGUAAAUUGCCGUAACGCUGUCGCCUGCCGGUGUCAUUCUUCCGAAAACCCUUACAAGUAUAUCGCCGUCGCCAUCAAAAUACAGAAAACUAAGAAAAGCAAUAAUCGCCAUGUACUCCCGAAGUAAUUUUGCCGAUUGCCGAAGUCAUUCUACUAUCAGUAACCAAAAAGAAAAGUAAGUAGCUCUAACUCCCUAUUCAUUAAAGAAGUUAAUAAACCAAUAUAAUCAUUGCUUAGGAAAACCCUAUCGAAUAUCUCACCGUCGUCAACACACUAAAGCAAACUCUAACACGCUAAUGCCAUUCGAUUUUGUUCUUUCAAAACGUAAGUAAUCAGUAUUUAGAUGCAAAAAACAAAGCCAAUUAAACAAAAUUAAGUCUCGCCAUAGUUUAUCGCCCGUUGCUAAACUCAAUCAAAAAGCUGUAACCGCUCUAUACUUUCGAAGUUUUUCGAAAAAAAAAAAUCGCCGCAAAUCGCCGUAACGCUGUCGAAAGUCGAUAUUAUUCUGAAACCUGAAAAAAAUGUAAGUAGCUCUAAACGACCGUACAUUGAGGAUGUCAAUAAACAAUGACAAACAUUGCGUAGGAAAAUCAUAUUAAACAUUUCGCAGUCGACAACACAAUACAGAAAAAUCUACAACACCGCUGCCAUCAGAUUUUGAUCGUUCAAACCGAAAGAUAACAGUUUUGAGAUACCAUAAAUUCAGAAAAUUAAAAAGAAAUACAAUUUCAGUAUAUAUAAAUUUCAGUAUAUAUAAAAAAAACAGAAAUUAUAGUAAGAAAGGUAAGAAAAAAAGUAUUUAAUGACGAAAAGUUAUGAAAUCUAAAACAACAAAGUUUAUGCAAAUUCAAACACAGUAAAAUAUAAUGUUGCACACAAUAGAAAAGGAAAUGUAGAUGAAAUUGCAGAUAUGACGAAGCCACAGCUCAAAUUAUCAAAACCACAAAUCUAAAAAAAGUGGAUGUCGUAUUGCGUUGGAAAGUUGAUCGAUUGGUUACCCGCUGGAGGUGACCAAUCGAUCAACUUUUCAGCGCAAUCCGACAUCCGCAUCCUCAGAUUUGUGCUCUUGAAAAUUUGAGAUGUGGCUUCGUAAUAUCUUCAACUUAAAGGUGAACUUCAUCUUAUAUUAGGUAGAAAUCAUAAAAAAUAUAUAUUUUCCGUAAUAACACAGAAAAUUCAGCAGCAUAAACAAAUCUAUUAUUUGAAAAUUGGCAACCUAAUUAAACAAACGUCAUUUCUAUAGUUAAAACAAAAACAUGCCGAAACUGAGACGUAGUAACAUCGGCCGUCAUAAUCGAAAAUCAAAUCAACAAAGAAUAAGACGACAGAAUGAAAAUGAACCAGAACAGUCGCGGAUACCUACGUUAAUGGUCGCCGAAAUAGAACAAGUUCAAGAAGAGAUGAUCAACCCAAUCGAUGCUAGAGAGCAACCUAACAUGAACAAUCAAGUAGAAAGAGGAAUGACUGUAGCGAAUGUACACAAUCGAAUGGCAUUUAAUUACGAUCCAGCCAAAGAUUAUGCAGCUGACGUUAGUAUUGGAACGAUGAAUGUCAUUUGCCCACAUUGUAAAGCGUACAAAUUUCCAAAAGAAACAAACGGAUUGUGUUGUGCAAGUGGAAAGGUUAAGCUACCUAUUCUGAAUCCACCACCAGAGCCCGUGAAGACGUUAAUAUCAGGAACAAACAAUGAAUCUAAACAUUUCUUGAAAAAUAUUCAGAAAUAUAAUAAUUGCUUCCAAAUGACAUCGUUUGGAGCAACAAAUAUUGUGAGAGAUAAUUUCAUGCCCACGUUCAAGGUAAUUACUUUGAUUUAUAAAAACUCAAAACAUCAUUAUCCAUAAAUUACAUAAAACUGAAUAUUACAGAUCCAAGGUCAAAUUUACCAUAGGGCAGGAGCGUUGCUGCCAGUUCCCCAUGCAGAACACAAUUUUUUACAAAUUUACUUCAUGGGAAAUACAACAGACGAGGUAGAUCAGCGUUGUGCAAACAAUCCGUCAGUCAGAAGGGAAAUUGUUGCACAACUGCAAAAUUUUUUACAUGAGAAUAAUGAAUUGAUUCGAUUAUUCAAAACUGCCCUGGACCGAAUGCCAUCUGAUGAACAUAAAAUUGUUAUCAGAGCCGACAAAACUCCAGCAGGGCAACAUGCACGGCAAUACAAUGCGCCAACUAUAGAUGAGGUUGCUGUAGUCAUUGUUGGAGAAAAUUUGGAAUCUCGCGAUAUUGUACUACAUAGAAGAAAUGAUCAAUUACAACACGUGAAUGAGACACAUCGGUCAUAUGAUGCCUUACAAUACCCCCUUAUAUUUUGGCAAGGUGACGAUGGAUAUCACUUCGCAAUCAAGAUGAUAAAUCCAAUAACAGGUAAAUUUUAAAAAUCAACAGAAACAUAUUAUUAAAGAGAUAAUACCACAAUACAUUUUCUCAAAACAAUAUCAAGGUUCUGAAACAAAUAAAAAAGUCAGUAGCAUGAACUACUAUGCAUACCGGAUGAUGGUGCGUGAAAAUCAAGACAAUCAUAUACUAAAAUGUCGUAAACUGUUUCACCAAUAUGCAGUUGAUAUGUAUGUAAAAAUUGAAACAGAACGAUUAACAUUCAUAAAAUUAAAUCAGCAAAAAUUGCGUUCAGAAGAGUAUGUACAUCUACGAGAUGCCAUAAAUACAGAUGGGAAUGCAAACAAUGUCGGCCGCCUGACGAUCCUCCCAGCAACGUACGUAGGAAGUCCGCGACAUAUGCAUGAAUAUGCACAAGAUGCAAUGUCAUAUGUACGCCACUAUGGACGGCCAGAUUUGUUCAUAACAUUCACAUGCAAUCCGCAGUGGACAGAAAUUCGUGAACUUUUAUUUCCUGGACAAACACCCGUCGACCGACACGACAUCACAGCUCGAGUGUUCAAACAAAAAUUAAAAUCACUCAUGGAUUUUAUUGUAAAACAUCAUGUAUUCGGAGAAACACGCUGUUGGAUGUAUUCAGUAGAGUGGCAGAAAAGGGGAUUGCCACAUGCACAUAUUCUCAUUUGGCUAAUUGAAAAAAUAAGGUAUUUUAUCAAUAAACACUAAUAACAAAAAUUAAUUAAAAAUAACAUCAACAGGCCAAAUGAAAUAGAUGACAUCAUCUCUGCAGAAAUUCCUGAUAGAACAACUGAUCCCGAACUGUACGAUAUAAUCACGAAGAAUAUGAUUCACGGUCCAUGCGGAGCGUUGAAUAGGAAUUCACCAUGCAUGAUUGACGGUAAAUGUACAAAAAGAUACCCAAGAGCUUUAAUUCCCGACACAAUUACUGGAGAUGACGGAUAUCCACAGUAUCGUCGAAGAUCAACCGAGCUAAAUGGACAAACAGCAAUCGUAAAAAUUAAUCAACAAGAAAUUGAGGUAUAAUGUAAAUUAAAAAAAAUGAGAAAUUUUUAAACAUAUUAUAACAUUUAAACAGGUUGAUAACCUUUGGAUUGUUCCAUAUUCUCCUAUGUUGUCUAAGACUUUCAAAGCUCACAUCAACGUCGAGUACUGCAACUCGGUCAAGUCAAUAAAAUAUAUUUGCAAGUAUGUAACAAAAGGCAGUGAUAUGGCAGUGUUCGGAGUGGAUUCAGGUAGAGAUGAAAUCUCGCAAUAUCAAAUAGGCCGUUAUGUGAGCACUAACGAAGCUAUUUGGCGGAUAUUCUCUUUCGCAAUACAUGAAAGGUAUCCAACCGUUGUACACUUGGCGGUACAUUUAGAGAAUGGCCAAAGAGUGUACUUUACGACGGAAAACGCCGAGCAACGUGCAGAUAGACCACCAUCCACAACAUUGACCAGUUUCUUCGAAACAUGCCGGAUUGACGAAUUUGCGAAAACGUUGAUGUACGCCGAGAUGCCGAAGUACUAUACGUGGAAUCAAUCAACAAAAAAAUUCCAGCGCCGGAAGCAAGGAAAGAGAGUACCUGGACAAGCAGAAAUUUAUUCCACAGAUGCAUUGGGGCGCAUUUACACAGUGCAUCCAAGUAACGAUGAAUGUUUUUAUUUGCGUUUGCUUUUAAUCAAUGUUCGCGGGCCAACCUCAUUCGAAGAUAUAAGAACUGUUGAUGGUGUGGUGUGUCAAACAUUUCGAGAAGCAUGCCAGCGCUUGCAUUUACUUGAAAAUGACUCGCAUUGGGACCAAACCAUCGGUGAUGCAACUGUAUCGGCUCAUCCUAACCAAAUUCGAACAUUAUUUUCGAUAAUCAUCGCAACAUGUUUUCCAUCAAGCCCAAUUGAUUUGUGGACCAAGUAUAAAGAUGAAAUGUCAAACGAUAUUUUGCAUCUUACGCGUAUCAGAACAUCACAACCAAACUUGGAAAUAGACGAGACAAUUUAUAACGAGGCCUUGAUUUUGAUAGAGGACAUGUGUAUGAUGAUGUCGAACAAAUCCUUAGCUCAGCUUGGAAUGACAGCGCCAAAUCGUCCAAUGCACGAAGCAUUUAAUCAAGAAUUAGAACGGGAACAAAAUUACGAUCGCGAAGCUUUGAGCAAUACAGUUCCAACACAUGUACCUCUAUUAAAUCAACAACAACGAUAUGUCUACGAGACGCUGAUGAAAGUUGUGAAGGAUGAAACUGGUGGCAUUUAUUUUUUGGAUGCACCCGCAGGUAUAAUUCAUAACUUCAUCUCCCGUCAUCUUAGUUCAAAUAAAAUAUGUUAAUUAAUAAAUGAUGAUAUGCAUAUUUUUUAAAUAAUUGAAUAAUACUAUCCGUAGGUACUGGAAAAACAUUUUUGAUAUCGUUAAUCUUGGCCGCAAUCAGAUCAGAAAACCAAAUUGUACUGGCACUCGCAUCAUCUGGUAUUGCUGCAACUUUGCUGGAAGGCGGCCGAACUGCUCAUUCAGCCCUUAAAUUGCCAUUGAAUCUAGAAAUCACUGAACAUCCAACGUGCAACAUUUCCAGAAACAGUUCGAUGGCGAAAGUACUACAGAAAUGCAAGCUCAUUGUUUGGUAUGAAUGCACAAUGGCACACAAGAAAUCUUUGGAAGCGUUAAAUAGAACGCUACAGGACUUGCGCCAUAAUGGAAAUUUAUUUGGUGGUGCAAUUAUCCUAUUGGCAGGAGACUUUCGACAAACUUUACCUGUAAUUCCAAGGUCCACAGCCGCUGAUGAAAUAAAUGCGUGCCUGAAGUCGUCAAGCAUAUGGGCACAUGUGAAAACAUUGAAAUUGACAACAAAUAUGCGGGUAGUGCUGCAGAAUGACGGCUCAGCUGACGUAUUUUCAAAAAAAUUGCUGGAAAUCGGAAAUGGGAAGAUACCUGCUGACAUUUCUACUGGCCUAAUAGCAUUUCCUGUGGAUUUUUGUCACUUUACUGAAUCAAAGGCAGAACUCAUCAAAAAGGUAUUAUGUCUAUUGUUAAAAAGCUAACUGGGAUAGAACUGGAAAGAAAAUAAUGAUAAGAAGUGUACUGAAGUAACCUUAACUAAAAAUCAUUUACAGGUAUUUCCUAACAUUGAACAAAAUUUUACUAACUUUGACUGGCUAAGUGAACGGGCAAUACUGGCAGCGAAGAACAAGGAUGUAGACGAGAUUAACAUCAUCAUUCAAGGCGAAAUUGAAGGCGAAAUAAAAGAAUAUAAAUCAGUCGACACCGUAGAGAACCAAGAUGAGGUUGUGAACUAUCCAACCGAAUUUUUAAAUUCAUUAGAUCUGCCAGGAUUACCACCACACAACCUCAAGUUGAAAGUUGGAUCUGUGAUCAUGAUGUUACGAAAUAUAAAUCAACCUAAACUUUGCAACGGAACAAGACUGGCAGUGAAAAAACUAAUGAACAACGUUAUAGAGGCAACGAUUUUAAAAGGAAGGUACAAAGGUGAAGACGUCCUGAUACCACGAAUACCGAUGAUCCCGUCAGAUUUACCUUUCACAUUUAAACGUCUGCAAUUUCCAGUGCGACUAGCGUUCGCCAUGACAAUCAACAAGUCACAAGGACAAUCGCUUGAAAUCUGUGGGGUAAAUCUUGAAUUGCCAUGCUUCUCGCAUGGCCAGCUUUACGUUGCAUGCUCACGUGUAGGCAAACCAUCAUCAUUAUAUGUAUUUGCUCCAAAUGGCAACACAAAAAAUGUCGUGUAUCAUAGGGCACUGCAAUAAGUUAGGCUUAAAAAAAAUAAUAAAAAUAGAUGUAAUUAAUUAGCUUUUAGUUAUUAAGAAAGACAAUUAAAUAAGAAUGAAAACAAAA